AAUAUGAAAGAAGCAGUUAUCGUAUCAGCCGUGCGGACGGCUGUCGGAAAAGCACCGAAAGGAACUUUGAAAAAUACGCGUCCCGACGAUCUCGGCGCGGCGGCGAUUGCGGAAGCGGUCAAGCGCGUUGAAAAUCUGGAUUUGUCGCAGAUCGACGACGUGAUUAUGGGCUGUGCGUUUCCUGAAGCCGAGCAGGGAAUGAACGUGGCGCGGACUUCGGCGAUCGAAGCCGGAUUGCCUGUCGAAGUUUCGGCGAUGACGGUCAAUCGUUAUUGUUCGUCGGGUUUGCAGACGAUUGCACUCGCGGCUGACCGAAUCAAAUCGGGCGGCGCGGAAAUAAUAGUUGCGGGCGGACUCGAAACGAUGUCGAUGAUUCCGAUGGGCGGAAACGUCGUGCGCCCGAAUCCACGCAUUGUUGACACAUAUCCCGAUUAUUAUCUGAAUAUGGGUUUGACGGCUGAAAAUCUGGCGCGGAAAUACGAAAUUACACGCGAACAGGCAGACGAAUUUUCGCUUCAAUCACAUCAAAAAGCGGCGGCGGCGAUUCAAAGUGGAAAGUUCAAAGAUGAAAUCGUGCCGAUGAAUAUUUUCGUUGACGAAUUUGACGAAAAAGGUCGUGUGCGACGUAAAGAAGUAGUUUUCGACACGGACGAAGGCGUUCGUUAUGAUGCUUCGAUGGAAGGUUUUGCAAAACUGAAACCCGUUUUUCACGUUAAAGGAACGGUCACGGCGGGAAAUUCUUCACAAAUGUCGGACGGCGCGGCGGCGGCGGUGAUUAUGUCUUUGGACAAAGCGAACGAAUUGGGAUUGAAACCGCUUGCACGUUUCGUUUCGUUCGCAACAGCAGGCUGUCUGCCCGAAGAAAUGGGCAUCGGUCCGGUUUACGCGAUUCCGAAAGCGUUAAAAAUGGCGGGUUUGACGCUCGAUCAGAUUGACGUAAUCGAACUCAACGAAGCAUUCGCGGCACAAGGUCUUUCGGUGAUGAAAGUUCUCGAAAUGAAUCCGGCAAAAGUAAACGUCAACGGCGGCGCGGUCGCGCUCGGACAUCCUUUGGGUUGCACCGGCGCAAAACUUACCGCAACCGUGUUGCAGGAACUCAAG